GUAUAUAUGAACAAUAUGAGAGAAAAUGAAAAAUUUCAAGGCAAUGACUUGCAAUUUUUGUUAUUUUUCUAGAAACGCGUCGAAGAAUUCACGCAAUUUCCAUCGAAAAUUGUUGACAAGCUAGUGUUAAAAAUGCCUCUCGAAUUGAAACGCGAACGAAAAGGUUCAAUGGCUCCAUUGUCACCUUGUCCUAUACCAGAUAUUACGGAUGAUGAGCUGGUUUCCAUAUCGGUGCGUGACUUGAAUCGAAAUCUUAAACUACGCGGACUAACUCGUUCCGAAAUUACUCGAAUGAAACAAAGACGUCGUACCUUAAAAAAUCGAGGCUAUGCUGCCAGUUGCCGAAUCAAACGCAUCGAACAAAAAGACGAACUUGAAACUAAGAAAACAUGCGAGUUCCAAACGAUGGAAAUGAUGCAAACAAGAAACAGUGAGUUGCGCAAGGAAAACAUUGCCUUACGUCUGAAGUACGAAGCACUGAAAAAAUUUGCACACGAAAAUGACAUUCCAAUUCCAGCUGAGCUACAAAAUCCAUAGAGCAGAAGCAGAAAGAAAAAAAGGGGGCUUUAAUUUUUCGGCAUUAAUCUCAUACAUUUUUUUUUUGUUCAGGAAUAGUUUAAGUUUUUAGUGAUAUCGGUAUAACAUGGCAUUUUGACUUUUUCUUCUAGGCAUUAAUUACCAUUUUUAUUCCAAUUACCCACUUCUCAUUUUUUUGUC